AUGCUAACGCCUGGUCGUGGGGGCUACCUCACCUCAAUUCGAUACCGCGACGUUGGCUUCUUCACCUUGCCCACGGUGGAUGGAAUGCACUCCUUCGGCGAUUCCUGCGACAGUCUCUUCUCCAGUCCACGCGGAAGCCUAGACGGUGGCACGUCUGGCUACAGUCUCUACUGCCGUCUCGCCUUCGGCGUUCGCAACGCCGAGUCCUGGGACUGCAUCGUGGUUAGGGGUGAGGCGAUACCGAUUUUCGACACGGAGCACACCACGCGGAAACGGCUUCAGAAUGUGAAAACGUGGAAUGCGCCCCCGCCUCCCCCAGUGUCAGUCAUGUGGUCGUCUUUGAUGCAACUGCCCUGGGAAAACGGCCCCUCGAUGCGGUCGUUCCACGUGGAUCUUAAAGAAGCGGAGAUGAGGAUGGUGCCGGCAACACCUCCGGACUACGUGCGAGAUCUGUUCACUGACAUUCGAGAUGGCAUCAAACUGCUUCGCUUGCUCGAAGUAUUGGCGGGCGUUCGUUUGCCAAUAGAAAGGGCAUCUGUGAUGCAGCGGGCGCACUACCUCAGCAACGUCAAGACUGGACUGGAUUUCCUGACGGAGGAGAGGAAGGUGAAGUUGGUGAACAUCAACGCAACCGACGUUGUCGACGGCAGACCGGCAAUUGUUCUUGGCCUCAUUUGGUCGAUUAUUCUCUCGUUUCAAAUCGAUGAACAUGACGAUGUUCUUCAAGAUGCAACGAGGAUCGUGGAAAAAUCCAUUAAGAAAAGACCUGUUCAGUUGAACGGAUCUGCCGAAACUCCGACGCAGAAAAUCAAUAUUCCUGAAACCCAGGCAACUCGCAGGAAAGCCCUUAUCGCGUGGACUGGCCGACGCAUCUCAUCAACUCUCGAGCGACUUGGGCUUCAUCAGGUGAAGGAUUUCGGAGUCGGUUGGCGUGACGGUCGUGCGUUCUGCGCCCUAGUUCACAGCAUCGAUCCAAGUUGCGUAGAUUUGGCCAAAAUUGGAUCCAGCGACAACAAGACGAACCUUGAAAUCGCCUUCAGUGCAGCAGAGAAGUGCCUUGGGAUUCCGCGUUUGUUGGACGUGGAAGACGUGGAUGUUGAAAAUCCGGAUGAGCGGUCGAUCAUGACGUACAUCUCGCAGUUUCUCAAAGAGUACCCCACGGGGAAGAAGACCACGUCACAGUGCCACGGGAAGGGUGGCGAAGCGGUCGUAAAAUCGGUCGAUACGUCGUUGGACGCCGUCGACUCAGCCAUCGACCCAUCGCUGGUUCUAAGUGCCUCAACAGUCUCCCUGCAUAAUCCCAAACCAGUAAGGCGAGAAGAACACAUGACUGCUCACACGCUACUCGACGACGAAGGAAUCCGCAGCUUAUUGGCGGCCACCAGCACAAGUCUGUCUGGCUCCGACGAGGACGAAAUUGAGGCCAAUCCGGAGGCCGCUCAGUCCAUGCCGGUUAUCCGAGGCUCACCGUCGCCUAGGCGACAGGCCAGAGCACGGACGUACGCCGAUCUGCGAUUGGCUCGUGUGGCGAAGACGUUUUCGCGGUGUCGGGCCAUUGCCAACAUCCGCGUCACCGCAGAUCGCACCGAAGAGACUAGGAAUGCCGUUAAAAUUAUCCAAAUUGAAAACCAGGUUAGUUACCAACCCCCCCCCCCCCCCCCCCCC